GUAAAAAAUGCGCAGGAACAGUCUUCGUUAACAAGCUCCCACGUGUGAAAAAUACCAGAAUAACAGUUCAUUGAUGUGGCGAAUGGAUCGAAAUAAACUACCGAACGAUGUGAACCAUUCUGGUCCUCAAACAGCAUGGUAGGGAGAUCAUAUUUGGGAGUAUUUGCGGUGCAGGUUUUUGUGACUGCCUGGAUAAUUGAAACUACGAAAGCAGGCAUACCUCAGCUCUAUUUUACAACUGAACCCCUAAGUAAAAGAGCUCCAGCAGGCGAGUCGAUUGAGUUGCAAUGUUCUGCCAAAGGGGAAGAUCCGAUUGGCAUUGCAUGGCGUCGAGGUCAGGAACCAGUACAUAACCUAGAUGGUAGGAUAGCUGUACUGUCAAAUGGAUCUUUGUGGAUGCGGUUGAGCGAGGAUUUUAAGGAUGAUCCAUACCAGUGCUGUGCGACAAACGCAUACGGUACUUUGUGUAGUCGCACGGCAAUGGUGGUUGUGUCUGCACCUCUGAGCAACCUUCUGGUACUACCUCAAUACAUAGAAGCUGUUGUGAAUGGAUCUGCAAGAUUAAGAUGUGAUUAUUCAGGCAACCUGUUGUACCAUCCAGUUCGAUGGAAGAAAGAUGGAAAGAACUUGGCAGAAAGUCCCAGAUACACAUUACUCAAUGAGGGAGUCCUACAGAUUUACCCAGUCCUCCGCCAGGAUGCCGGUGACUACCAGUGUAUCUCCGGUUACCAAGCACAGUCUGAGACAUGGAGUAACUCAUCUCAGGUGGUUGUCGUUGAGCACUGUGUGAAUACAUCAGCUGGAUGUAGAGAGGAUUUGAUUGUAGCUGGCCCUAAGGGCAUCCAGCUGAAUCGACCUGAGAGGGUCGUCUUAGAAUGUUUGGCUGCUGGAAACUGGGUCAAUAUCACAUGGAGCUGGACAGGUGGGAAGCAGCUGCCGUCUGGUCGGCAUGGUCUCUUAGGACAUAGCAACCUUGAGCUUACUGACCUAUCUCCAAGAGACAGUGGUGUUUAUACAUGUACAGCUACACAUACAAAGUCAGGCAAUACUACUGUAGCAAGGGCAAGGCUGGAAAUUACCGAUUACUAUCCACCUAUCUUCACGAUCCAACCAACAAGUAACAUCAUACGAGACUUUGGGACAGCUCGUCUUCACUGUGCAGCCAUAGGUAACCCUGAGCCUGAAGUCAGCUGGUUCCUGAAUGGAAACCCAGUCCAUUCACCCUCACAAGUCGCUAAUAAUGAUCUGGUUAUAUGGAAUGUAGAGAUGAACGAUCAGGGAAUCUAUCAGUGUUUUGUGUCUAACACCGCGGGUCAGGCUCACUCCAGUGCCUUACUCUUGGUUGAUGUCCCAGAGAAUCCCCCGGAGCCACCUUAUAAUCUUACAGCCCUAACCCUGAAUAGCAACACGGUUCUGAUUCAAUGGGAUGCUAUAGGAGUUUCACUCUUCGUUCUGCAAUACUACCUUGAACCAGAUGGUGAAGAAAUUCAACUAGUGUUGUCAGAUCAGAAGGAGCCAUUUUCUUAUGCCGUGAGAAAUCUUCAUCCCUACACCAACUACACGUUUUACAUGCGAUCAAUUACCCAUGCUGCUAGCAGGUUUUCAGACCACGUGGUUGUUCAGACAGCUGAAGGAGUUCCGGAUGUGGCUCCAGUGUUUUCACUGGCAAGCAGCUCUGCCAACACAAUUGAUGUUUACUGGGAUCGUCUGAUUGACAAGACUGUAACUAAGGGACAAGUAGUACAUUAUAGAAUCUGUUAUCAAGAAAAUGGUAAACAAGACUACACCUGUAGAGAGGUGAGCGGAACCAAUUCUUACUUCAAGAUACAAGGAUUGAAAGUUGCUACUAUUUAUGAUGUUCAUAUGGCUGCAGCAACCAAGGGAGGAUUCGGACCUGAAUCUGAACAACAGGCUAUAAGAACCACAAACAUUGGAAACUGCUCAGUUCCUCUUAAGUAUCCAUUGGACAUUCCCAAAGUCCUGAAUGACACUAAACUAGUGGUGACUUGGUCGGAGCCUAUCGUACAGAAUGACAUCCCAGUAGAUGGCUUUAGACUCCAACUAUCUGGAGUGAUGGAAGAUGGGAUGAAACUUCAAUAUAACAUCUUUGAAUACGUCUUCACAGAUUUGUUGCCUGGUUCCGUACAUACAUUUGAGCUGAAAGCCUUUAAUGAAUGUGGUCUGGGUACAGCCUCUAUGCAGACUAUUACCAUGCCAUCAACUACAGAUGGUGGUGAACAGACACGCCCUCCUCCUGAGAAUGUUGAAGCUUUUGCCCUGUCCUCAACGAGCAUCCAAGUGAACUGGGAUUCUAUCCUUGAGACUCGAUUCCAGUAUGAAGUGGACUAUCGUCCAACCUCUGAUAGCCAUCAUGAAACUGGCAUGAAGGUCUCCAGCACUUCUGGAACUGUCGUCUUAACGAAGUUGAAGCCUUUUACCAUCUACACGUUGAGGGUGCGUGUCAAUCAAACAGGGGUCAGGGGUCAAUACUGUGAUGAGGUCUAUUGCAGAACCAUGGAGGAUGUACCUUCAGCACCUGUUAACUUCAGUGCCAAGCCUCUUGAUGCUCAUACAGUCAGUGUAGCCUGGCGCCCACCAUUGAAUCCCAAUGGAGUGAUUAAAGCUUAUACCAUCGUCUAUGUUCCUGAUACUCAACAACAGGACAGAGAAGAACCACAGUGGAAUAAAACUCAGAAAAGAGGUAGCGAGUUGUCCUCUACCGUUAAGAACUUGACGAGUGAUACUCAAUAUUACUUCUUUCUGCGAGCAUGUACAUCAGUAGGGGAAGGUCCUCCAUCCAACGUUCUCAGAGUCAGGACACCUCAAGAGUCGCAUUUUAUGGUUCAACCAGACACAGGUGAUCAGGUGAAGGACAUGGAGAAAGGUCUUUUCAUCGCCAUCAUUCUGGGUUCCAUCUGUAUCUUAUUCUGUACACUCAUCGCUGCAAUACGAUACAAGAGGUACCAGUUUACUCGCGAGGAACGGUUGGCAAGAACAUGGAAUGGAGAUCACAACGGCAGAGUCCCGAUGUCUCGUCUUGUUCAGGGAAACAGACUAGAAAUUGAACUGAAUGCCAUGAGUCCAAUGUUGGCAAGAGAAUCAAUUCGACAGUUUGGACCUCCUAACACUGAGGUUCGUUGUGAGUCGCCAUUGCUUGGCAUUCGUCGUCGUCCUGUCUCAGAUUCAGUCAUUGAAGAUGAUUUGCCAUCACCUCAUACUCAUCAGGUUGAAGUUACUCCUCACUGUACCUCUGAAGUACCUCUAGAAGACCCUAUGAGGCAAUACAGUCAUACCUUACCAAGCAGACCAGACUGUGGAUCCUCUGUACCUCUAAGGCACAAGUACCCUACGUGUAGUGCCUCGCUGCCUGAGUCUGGGUCUGAAGAUGGAGCCGAUACCUCAAGUCGCUGGACACCAUUGAGGGAGAGUACCAGUGGAGACAGUGGACUCAUCGGAGAUUUGGAAUUCCCUAUUGAGGAUACAAGUCCAGAUUUUAUUGAGAAAGUGUUGCGAGAAUACCACCUUGGCAUCCACCCCGUUUAAUAUUGAAACGUUAAAAGAUAAAACUGUCAGGGAUUUAAGAAUGCUCAUUUUUUUCUGUACUUUGAAACAGUUGACUGAAAAGAGCACCUCAGGACAAAACAUCAGAAUACCUCAAAGAGAAAAAUGAAUAUUGAUGUGAUAAUGAGGUAUGAGUUGUGUACCAGUGAGGAAUGAAUCUUGGCUUGCUUUGUUUUUCAGAGGCUUCAAGAUUUUUUUGCGAAUUUUUUUCAGAACAGGCAAGAGUUGAUAAAGACCAUUUUUUCAGACAGUUCCAUCAUUAAAAGAGACUCCUCAUGCAACUUAACGUCGAAGUUCACCAUAAUUGCUGCAGUUUGUAAUGUCUGGCUACGUCGGACGUUACAUUGACUUCGAUAUUAAAGCUUCACAUAGACACAUUGAUGCAGUUUGGAACAUGGUAUUCAGAAGGAAGAGCAGACUGCAUGUAACCAAGAUGUUUCACAAGACGUUGAUGUCACCUCCUACUCAGGGAAUAAGAUUAUUUAUGGAGGUUGCCUUGUUAACUUAGGAAACAAGAUGGACAGGCAAGCAUUGUUGUUAUCAGGUCUUAGACAUUGAUAGAUAUAAUAUUAUAUGAACCAAUUAUGAGCAAUUAACCAGUUAAUGCCGGAAUCUUCUAUUUUUUCACUUACACCCUGGCAAGAUUAUUUUAUCUGAGUUGCUGGAACCAACUUUCUACGAGAUCACUGCUGGCAUAAAGAAACCAUGACUUGACAAGGCUAAUAGAACAAAGAUUCUGAUUGAAGCACAAGGAUUUGUACUUUCUCUUUUGAGAAAAAAAAACAUGAAUCACAAAACCUUGGGUAAGAGACAUGACAGUCAAUUGGUUCCAUUGCCGGACCAUUGAGACAAAAAACACUGAAAUACAAAGAUGGAAGUAUCUCGAUGCUACGUAGAGACAUGGCAGUCAAUUGGUUCCAUUGCCGGACCAUUGAGACAAAAAACACUGAAAUACAAAGAUGGAAGUAUCUCGAUGCCACGUAAUCUUCUUCAGCAAAAAGACGAUGGCCUUGAAUCUGGGAUUACAUAAAGACAUAAUUGCAGGAGUCUUUCUACCUACAUCUCUCCUCUUUAUGUGGGUGAAAGGAAGUGUUGCACAGCCGAGAGUGAAUAACGAGUGUCCGCUCUGUAGUGUGUAAAGUACAGGCCACCUUUGUUGCGGUCAUCCACAGUGACACAAAUUUCAAGAAGUCACUUGUCCUGGCAUGCAUCAACGAGAUAAGACAUCUUCCGGAGUUAACUGGUUAACCUCUCAGGUUGAACCCUCUGUCAGAAUGUACAGGGAUUUUACUGCCCGUGAUAAUAACGGCAGGUAUUUGUUAUCAGUUUUGUUUGUUUUCUUUUUUAUAUAUUAAGUGAUGGUAUUUUAUUGAAGACCCAUUGCUACUGUAAAUAGAUAGAUGGUGCGUACAGUGGUAUGAGUAAGCACUAGCGUAUAUAACUGAAAUCCCUUUAAAGAUGUACCUCAUUAUUGUAUAUAGCAUUAAUAUGCAGUUGGAUAAGCUGCUGCUAUUAUAUUAAGCUGUGCUAAAUAAUGGUUUGGAAGAGAUGGCUCAAUCUCUCAAAAUGUUGUUUGAAAUUCAAG